AUGCUGACUUCGUCGCCGUCGCCUACGCUCUCUGCACCCUCGAGCCCAACCUCUUUCCACCAGCGCUCCUAUCAUGCUACCUACCGCGCCGCCAACUCGACUCACUCGCCGCGCUUUCCCCCACAGCCAGCGGCCGCUAGACGCCUGCCUCUAGAUGCACCCGCCGCCCCAGCCCAUUCACCAGCCUUGAGCUUCGCCCGCUCACCUCAACAACCACCACGACGAGAGUACGCCAAUGCGAGCACGCAGUACACACCGCCAGGACUUCCGCCGACAGCGAGACCCACGCGUAUACGAACAGAACCUGAGCCCUCGCCGUCACUCGGCCUAGGCACGAAGCGGCGGGAAGCCUCUGCAGAGAUUAUCGCCUCGGGCCCUCCCGAACCCAAUCUGCGGGUGAACCCCGAACCUCCCAAGCCGCUGGAUGUCGCGCGAUCUUCACAAGCAGGAGCAGCAGGCGGGGGGACACAGCAGCGGGCGCAGCAGGUGGCGUCAGCCGCAACAGCGGCGAGCAGUUCAGCGGCUGAAGAGAGCCAGCAGCAGCCGUCGUCGGCGAAGCGGGCGCGGAACAUGGACCCCGGCCUGAAGGUCAUGCCGCUGAAGUACGAGACGUGCGACGUCAAGGAUCUGGGGGUCUUGAUUUCAGAUAUGCUCAUGGAGCUCGUGCGGCUCAACGACGGCAUCCCGCUGCAGGACGGGCAGCUCACGCGGUUUCACUCCAGAGCGCCGCCUGGCAUAUCGGUCCGCGACUACUUAAACCGCCUCAUCGUCCAUGCGACUCUGCCCCCGCCUAUUCUUUUAUCUAUGGUGUAUUACGUGGACAAGUUAUGCGCGCUAUACCCGGCUUUCACGAUUAGCAGUCUCACUGUGCAUCGAUUUCUUAUUACGGCCGCCACCGUGGCAGCGAAAGGUCUCAGCGACAGCUUUUGGACCAAUAGCCUCUAUGCGCGAGUGGGCGGCGUCAGCGUGCGGGAGCUGGCGCUGCUGGAGCUGGAGUUUCUACGGCGGUUGGACUGGAAGAUUGUGCCGAAGCCGGAAGUGCUGGUGGACUACUACAAGGGAUUGGUGGAGAGGGGAGAGGGAUAUACAAUGGAUAGGGAGCCGGAGCCGGCGCAGCAGGUGCAGGAGACAGCGGCACAAGAGGCGGCCAGCAUGCAGAGUGGGUCGUCGAGCAGCGGGGACGUUUUCAUGGAACCGACGCCGACGCCAGCGCCAGAGACACGGAACACAAGGUGA